AGAACACUUUCUUUUACAUAUUCCAAUACUACAUUAUUUUUUCCUUUCAAAUAUGACGGAAUUAUCAGGACCCCAAGAUAGAUUUAUUUUACAUUGGCUUGAUGACUCCAGAGCAAAUAGAAUCCUCUGGGCAUUGGAACUCCUUCAACUAGAUUAUGAAGUUAAAGUGUAUUUACGGCACCCACAAACUUGGCGUGGACCAUUAGAAUUAUUUAAAGAACAUCCUCUUGGAAAAGUACCCAUUUUAGAAAUAAUAUUUGCUGACCCAAGAAGACCUCCUGUCAAGUUAGUUGAAAGUGGAUUUAUAAUGCAAUACUUAUUAAAGAAUUACGAUCCUAAUCACAUUUUAUACCCUCGUGAUCCAGAAAAACAAUUGGAAGUCGAUUAUUAUUUACAUUACUCGGAAGGAAAUUUGCAACAUUUACAAAUUUCAUUAUUGAUUAAUUUUUCAGCUAAAGAAGUUGUUCCAUUUGGAUUAAAGAAAGUCACCAAAUUUCUUACCCAUGCGUUAAAUAAAGGAUACUACCUCCAUGAAUGGAGGCUCAAUAUGCAAUAUCUUGAAGGAAGAUUGGCUGAAAAUGGAACCGGAUAUUUCGUGGGAGACAAGUUAACUGCUGCAGAUGUGAUGCUUAGUUUCCCAGUUUUUGAAAAUGUGUUUGAUAAUGAAGAUGGGAUUAAACAGAUUACCAGAGAUAAGCGAGACUUAAAGGUAUUGUUCCCCAAUUUAUACAAAUGGAGUAAAACAAUCAAGUACAAUCCAAGCUAUAGUAAGAUUUGUGUUAUGAUGGAUGAAGAAGUUGAAGAUUUGAUAUUAAGGAACCCUCACUUUGAAUAUUUCAAGCAAAACUAAUAUUUAUGUACAAUUGUUAUUUAUAGUUAUGGUUUAUAUUUUACAGUACAGAAGGUUAAUUCGAAUAGUUACGUAUUUCCGUGGAAGUCGUAUAUCUCGUGUUGACAUGGUUACGAGCACUAGUAUUAGCUUGGUAUUUCACCAAGUGCCAAGUAAAGAAAAGCUUGCGGAUCUUCACAAUCGUUCUACGUUACAACACACCUAUUCGCUGAGAUUUAUUCAAGAAUGGUCCCACUCGGAAUGCCCUACCUGCCACCCCCCCUGAUUUCAGUAGAAAAUGUUAUGUAAUAAUCUUACCCGAAAAGGGACGCCAAGAUUUAAAACAUGGCUUAGUCCAUGAAUCGCGGUGGUGAUAAAAUGAUCAGAUUCAAGUUAAGACAUCUGCCAUUUAACGUGCAUAAUUUUUUUUAGAUGCAUUUAACUAAUUCCAGUUGGGUGGAUAUUGUCUGUUUAGCAUAUGAUUUGUUAGUCUCAUAUGUUCAAAUUUAGAACACAUACAUAGUGACGCGUUUGUUUUCUAGAACUGUCAAAUAAAGAAUGAAAAAUUUUGAUUAACUUCGUGUAAAAAUUUGUUGUUGUGUUUACAAGUCCUGUGAAACUAGUUGACGAAAAGAAAAACUAUCGGGAGGUAAAUCACAUGAAUACAACUCUACCACGUGCAAUUUACUCUGCUAAUUAAAUACGAUAUAUUAAUAGUUUAGUCAAUUCCUAGUUGCAACACUUUCUAUUGAAAACCCAGAUCCUUCUUUACAUAUAAAGCGACAAUUGACGGUGAAUUUUUCAUCAUCA